GCGUUGCUGGGGGGAGGGGUGGCGGAAGAACGGGGGGUGGGGUGGGGGAGUCAAAAUUUUAGGCUCCUCAGAGAGGGUGCAGGGAAGGAGGGCGAGGAGGGCGAGGAGGGCGAGGAGGGCGAGGAGGGCGAGGAGGACGAGAAGGGCGAGGAGGACGAGAAGGGCGAGGAGGACAAGAAGGGCGAGGAGGACGAGAAGGGCGAGGAGGACGAGGAGGGCGAGGAGGGCGAGGAGGACGAGAAGGGCGAGGAGGGCGAGGAGGACGAGGAGGGCGAGGAGGACGAGAAGGGCGAGGAGGGCGAGGAGGGCGAGGAGGACGAGAAGGGCGAGGAGGACGAGGAGGGCGAGGAGGGCGAGGAGGACGAGAAGGGCGAGGAGGACGAGAAGGGCGAGGAGGACAAGAAGGGCGAGGAGGACGAGAAGGGCGAGGAGGACGAGGAGGGCGAGGAGGGCGAGGAGGACGAGAAGGGCGAGGAGGACGAGAAGGGCGAGGAGGACGAGAAGGGCGAGGAGGACGAGAAGGGCGAGGAGGACGAGUUGGCAGUCGCGUAGAACGUGCGUUGCUGGGGGGAGGGGGGG